UCAUAUGAUUUGUUGUCUGUUUUUGUUUCAGGGUGCAAAAGAAGAAAGCAACCUGAUGUUAAGGAAUUUUUACAAAGGGGAUGAAUUGUUUUUGGAUAUGUUUGAGGAUGAGUACCAGAGUAUGAAAUCUCGUCCUUUGAAUGUGGAAUACCUGACGAUGGACUCAUCUUUACUGCUUCCUCCUACUGCAACACCAAUGACAGGUAUCGACUUCAUCAAAAGACUGCCUUCUGGAGAACUCGAGAGGUCUAGAAGAGCAAUACGUGUAUUUAUUUUGCUACGGAAUCAUUCCUUAAAGUUGAGGAAACUACCGGAGACACAACUACCCUUGACUGAGAAACAGGAACUCAUAUUAACUGGGGCUAAACUUGAUCUCA